AGUGGGUGACAGAUUCUUAUCGCCCUUCUUUGUUUACAAACAAAUAAAUAGUUCUUGAGAUGCUGGGAAAUUGGCAGAAUUGGUGUCGAUUGUGUGCUAAAAUAGGCUCCACAAGUACAGAGGAAUUGCAUAAAAUGGAAUCAUUAAGAGAACAUCUGGAAAUCGUUAGCAAACACUUUAUGAUAUCAAUUCAGCCUUUGCAGGAAAACUCGAAUAUUUGCAGCGAAUGCAGAGGAUUCUUAAGAAAAUUGGACGAAUUUAAAGAUCAAUGCUUGAAAGCAGAUAAAAUGUUUGAAGAACUUAUUCAGAAUCACAGCGAAAGUGAUUUGGAUCUUGAGUUGAUUCGCAUAAAAUACGGUUUUGAUGCUGAAGAUACGAAAUACGCUGGUAAUCUCUUCCAAGUGCCCAAGGAAGAAGUUUCUCAGGAAAAUUCUGUGAUGGAAGGAGAAAAUUAUGAUCCUUUAGAGACAGAAUUGAAAAUGAAAGAAACAGAUGAGGAAAUCGGCGUGAAAGAAGAAAUUCCUGUUGAACAAGUGCACAAGAAACGCGGACGACCGAAGAAGUCAAUUUCAGGAUCUACAGGCGCAAAGGGCCGAAAAGUUAGAAUAAGGAAGAAGUCAGACAACAAUUUAGCAGAUGAUAAGUCAAUUGAUAAGGAAGAAUUGAAGCGCAGACAGAAACGCAUCUGGAAUGGAACCGGCAAGAAAGAUCACAAGUGCAGUUUUUGUCCCAAAGGCUUCAGUCGUCCAAAUGUGCUGCAGGAUCAUAUCCUGGCGAAGCACCGCAAAGAGGAAAUGACUCAUGUCUGCGCACAAUGCGACAGGCGAUUCGUGUCGAGCUACAGACUGAAACUGCACGAGACUGUCCACUUGCCGGAUGCUGACAGACAAGUGUUCCCGUGCGCGUAUUGUGAUAAGAAGUUCACUCACAAGAACAGUGUCGAUUUGCACGUGACGGCAAAACAUCUCUGUGAGAAAUUCUUCACGUGCGAGGAAUGCGGAAAGUCAUUCACCACCAAAAGCUCUCUAACUGAACACCAGACGAGUCACAGCGAGGCUCGGCCGUAUCAGUGCUCAGACUGUCUGAAGAGAUUCAAGAAGCGACAGCACUUGAAGAUGCACGAAGAAGGACACAAGAGCAAUAUGUUCCAGUGUCCUCACUGCGAUCUCAAGCUAAGGACCUCUCGAACGCUGAAGAUGCACAUGUUGGUGCACUCAGACCACAAGCAGUACAAGUGCAAUUACUGCGGCAAUGAGUAUAAGCGAGCAAAGACGCUGAAAGAACAUCUGAUUCUGCACACUGGCCAGCGUCCGUAUGAGUGUCCUUUCUGUGAUAAAACCUUCGCAAAUGGCUCAAAUUGCAGGAGUCACAAGAAAAAGGCUCACCCAGUCCAAUUGGCAGCUUUAGAGGCGUCAUUGCAGCCUGGUGCAACAUUGAAUUUAUCAAAAUUAGAUGAAUUGAAGGCAAAGUAA